CUUCUCGCACGUAAAGGUUGCAAACCCGAUUAACUGUGGUGCCAGGCGGCUGCGGAGCGGUUCCUAGAAGCGCUCUGCUGUUGUGUAGAGGGGAGCGGGCGCCAAACGCUGCGAAUCCUCCCUGAAGUAGCACCGUGUAAGAACGGUUUAGCUAUCAAUGGCAUCCACAGUGAAUCUGAAAGAAGCCAAUGGCAACCAAAGUUCCUGGGAUACUUUGCUACCAGAUUUCCCCAAGGGGCCGCUCUGCAAAUAUCGAAAGAAAGCUUCCUUCAACUGGAAGGAGAUGGCAGUGUUUCUGGAUGGUGAGGAUAUCAUCCAGCUUAAAAACAGAAUCUUCUCUGCUCUAGAAAAUGAUCCUUUCUUCGUACAUCGUCCUGGAGAAGAUUUGAGCCGUGAGAAGUAUCAGGAGCUGACGUUCCUGCGCUGUAAACGACUCUUUGAGUAUGACUUUCUUACUCAGCAAGAGAUCAUAGAGAAUCCAUUAAAAAUAUUUAAUAUGGUUAUCUGCAUAGGAAUGUAUGAUUGGUCUCCGUGUCUCCAGUAUUUCUUGCAUUGCGGUGUAUUUGCAGGUACAAUUUUGAGUGCUUCAAACAGGUUUGCAGACCUACUGGGAAAAGUUUUUAACAUGGAGAUUUUUGGAUGUUUUGCUCUGACUGAACUCAGCCAUGGAACUAAUACCAAAGGCAUACGGACCACUGCCACAUUUGAUCGUAGCACUCAGGAAUUUAUCAUCAAUACACCUGACUUUGAAGCUGCAAAGUUCUGGGUUGGUAAUAUGGGGAAACACGCCACCCAUGCAGUUGUGUAUGCCCAACUGUAUACUCCUGAUGGACAAUGCCAAGGAUUACAUUCCUUUAUUGUACAGAUUCGAGAUAUAAAAACUCUCCUACCUAUGCCAGGUGUGAUGGUAGGUGACAUAGGAAAGAAAAUUGGGCAGAAUGGUUUAGAUAAUGGGUUUGCCAUGUUUCACAAUGUCAGGAUACCUAAAGAAAACAUCCUGAAUAUAGCUGGAGACGUCACAGCUGAGGGGAAAUACUCCAGUUCUUUCAAGGAUGUUAAAGAGCGUUUUAGCGCAUCUCUUGGAUCUUUGUCUAUCGGCAGAAUUCUGAUCACAGCAGUUUCUGCAACCAAUUUAAAGCUUGCCUUAUCAAUAGCCAUUCGCUUCUCAGCAACUCGCCAUCAGUUUGGACCAACUGAUGAAGAGGAAAUACCUGUUCUUGAAUACCAAACACAGCAAUGGCGUCUUCUUCCUUAUUUGGCUGCUGCAUAUGUCUUAGAUUAUUUCUCCAAAUCACUGUUUGAGAACUUCGUUGAAUUUUUUGCAGGCUUAUUGACAAAGCAAAGGAGUCAGAGGCAGGCUGAUUUGGGACGUGAGAUUCAUGCCUUAUGUGCUGCCAGCAAACCACUGUCUUCUUGGACUGCUCAGCAGGCAGCCCAGGAGUGUCGAGAAGCUUGUGGAGGGCAUGGUUACCUUGCAAUGAAUCGUCUGGGUGAAAUUCGAAAUGACAAUGAUCCAAACUGCACAUAUGAGGGAGAUAACAAUGUCCUGCUUCAGCAAACCAGCAACUACUUAAUGGGCUGGAUGAAUUGCAUAAGAGAUAAAGUGCCUUUCGAAUCCCCUCUUGGAACAAUAAACUUUUUGCAAGACUACCAUCACAUCCUUGGCAGGAAAUUCACCGCCGUUAGUGUUGAAGAUUGCAUGGACUCCUCAGUUCCUUUAGCAGCAUAUAAGUGGCUGGUUUGCUACCUGCUCCGAGAAAGUGACCUAAAGCUGAAGAAGGAGAAGCAGUCAGGGCAAAGUGAUUUUGAGGCAAAAAACAACUGUCAGGUGUACUACUGUCGGUCACUAGCCAUUGCUUUUAUUGAACAAACAGUCUUACAAAGAUACCAUGACUACACUCAUGACCCCAACAUACCAUCUGCUCUGCAGACAGUGCUUAAGAAUCUCAGUGCUCUGUAUGGACUCUGGUCUUUAAGUAAACAUCUGGCUGUGCUCUACCAAGGUGGCUAUGUUUCAGGUGAACAAGCUGGUAGGUUUAUUCAGAAUGCUAUUCUGGAGCUUUGCUACAGGUUGAAAGAUGAUGCAGUUGCCCUUGUUGAUGUCUUUGCUCCUCCUGACUUCAUUCUCAACUCUCCCAUUGGUAAAGCUAGUGGUGAGUUAUAUAAAAAUAUGUGGUCGGAGAUCCUUCAAGGCAACAAAGCUCUGAACAGACCUUCAUGGUGGGCAGAAUUUUGUAUUAAUAAACCUGUUACAGGCAGGCUGAGGUCAAGAUUGUAAACCAAACAACUUGUAAAAGGCCGGAUAGGCCUGAGAUGGAUACCAUAUUUCAAACAUCAAGAGGAAAUGAGACCAUAUGUCAAACACUGAAAAGCAAGAAAUUUCAUAUAGAAGUGCCAAGUUUUAAAAUAACUUUGAAAUCAGGUCCAACUUGGUCUCAAGGACUCUUAACAUAAUAAUGACAGGAGUGGGAGCAACACAUCUGCACACUAUUCAUAUUUACUUGGUUAAAUACAAAGAAUGAAGGUUCAUAAUGAUCAUUGCUUUGCAAAGUUUCUGUAAACGAAGUGUUCCAAUUGCUCACUUGACCACUGGCAUAUUGCAGAAGUUAAAUAAUCAAAAAACAUUUCCUCCAGGGCAUAUGAACAAGCUCAACAAAUGUAUUUUUUUGAGAUUCUAGGAUAAUAUUUGCAAAAUAAAAAAGAAUCUGAAGAAAAAAAGGAAAAAGACAUCAAGAACAUCAACAGUAGUAAACCUAAUUCCUGACAGCUAUGAAGCUCUUCUGAUUCACUUCAUGCACGUCUGUGUUAAACUGCUUAAUUGCUCUUCCAAUGCAAGAAAAGGAUUGGAUUUGUAGAUAAUCUGCCUUUGAAUCGUGUGUAUAUCUGUACAUACAACAAAUCAAACAUGAUUCAUGCAUCUUUUUUUUAAAUGUGUAGUACUACAAACUCAAAGUCUUGUAUAUAUUUUCUUUGUUGAUUAUAAUAUUUUUGCUGCUGCACAUCUAGUAUCAAGUCUGGGAUAUGUUGACGCACAGAAAUUGCACCUAUGUUUUAGGUCAGAAUAUACUUGAAUUAUAAAUAUGGAAUUAAAAGUACAUACAACAGUGAUAGGCAUUAUUAAAUGUGUUAGUAUUUUUCUCUUUCAGCUAUAUUAACUGUCAAAUGUUUUUAACUUGUUUUUCUUCAGGAAUAGAAAAGACUAACAGAACUUUGAAAAUUCAUAAUAUUUUGUUUCAGAUACGUUGUGAAAAACUAAUUUUUCCUUUAUUGUGUCUAUGAACUGAAGUACUGUUAUGCCUAAAUCUUGUGGGGGUUUUUUUGUUUUUUUGUUUUUUUUGUUAUGAACAGUCUUUUCAAGCCAAAGAGAUUAUUUAUCAAUUCAAAAGUUGAGUGUUUAUGGCUAAUUACAAAUAAUUUUUGGCUUGGGCUAUUAAAUGAAUGUGAAUUCAAUACUUGAGUGUUGAAUUCUACUUGAGCAAAAUCAGACCCUUGUCUUUGUGGAGUUUUACAAUUUCCUCGAUAGCUGCAAUGUCAAUAUUUGAAAGUGAGUCCUUACAGACUGCUACAAUGUGAUCAGGUAGUUCUGUAGAGGCUUCUACAGUUCCAUCCAAAUCUCACAGAGUUCAGGAAACAUUUCAUUACUGGAGAAUGCAUUGAAAGGGCAGUGUCAAGAUCUCUCAGAGGACCUCAAGGUACAUUUAUUUACCAAACAGAUUUUUUUAAGGUUUUAAGAGCAAUUCAUGGUCAAUUAUAAGAUCACCCUCAACAUACUUUGUUAAAAACAAACAAAAAUAUUUUGUGUAGUUCCAUUGGAACUAUUCUUUCUUCUCCUGUCUCUAUUCUUUCUUCUUCUCUAACGAAGUACCACAGUUCAGGAUGUUCCAACGCAAGCUCUUUGUCUAGCUAUUGAACUGUAUGAAACAGUCAAAAGUUUAGCCAUCUUUGCUGAUAAACAAAUCAGUAUUAAUUUUCUUUGAACUGUUUUGCUUCUUUUAAGGAUGUCCAAUAGGUGGCAUCAUCCCAUGGAAAAUAUUAGAUCACUACAGCUAGAUUAGAUAUUAUAGAAUUAUAGUCACAUAAUUAACUUAAUCUAUUUUCUGUAUCACUGGGGAAUCCAGCAGCUGUCUACUACUUGCAUGUGUGCAGACCUGAUGGAAGUAGGUAGAGCACGUUGUGCCUGAUAUCUGGUAUGAACACCAGGAUUGUUGGUAUCAAAAGGGGCAAGAGGGAGAAGAGAUGCCCCUCUGCACAAAAUGGAGCAAGCAGCAGCACUGAUCUGCCACUCCUCAUUCACUACUACCAACUGAUCACAGCAGCAUUAUGUCUUAACUGUCUUACAUAUGUGGGAUUUCACCAUCACCUCUCAGCUCUUCGUGAGUGGUGCAGUCUUUUCCUACCUCUUUCCACACCUAGGAAGAAGAAACAUAGCAGAGCUGUAUUUAUAUCUUGCAUAUAUACUAGAAGUUUAUUUGUGAGACCUUUGCAGCCCAGAAGAAAAAGAGAGUUUUGCACAUUUUUUUUCUUCCAAAAAAACUCCAGAAAAAUCAGCUGUAUUGCAUUAGAACCAAACUGAAGACACAGUGAGCCCCAAAGUUAUCUACCAAACAUGACAGGAAAAACAUAAUCCUAUCACUUCUGUAGAAAUAUAUCCCUAAACAGUUCCAGCUAAUCUUAUUUAUGGCUACUAUUAAGUCAACAUUCAAAAUCCCUGAUAAAAGCUGAGCUCCUCCGUGCUGAUAAGGACUACAAACUGACGGGGAAAUGUGAUGUUUGUACUGAAAACCUCCUAACUUUGACUAAAACAAGCACUGCAGAGUCUGCCAGCAAGCAUAUGAUUAUGGGCAGGCAGAAUUGGAUACCCAGUAAAAUGACAUGCUUAUGGACUGUGCAAGUCUUUCAUGCGGCUUGCUCCAAGUUUAGAGCUUCGUGGGAUCUUUGAAUACCCAUACAGUCAUGGGAGGAGUUGGCCACCUACACAUUUUACCACACCUUGGAUAACAAAGUGCCAAAGCUGGAGCAAGUAAAAAUGAAGCAGACGUAAAGGGGGCCGUAGGGAGUUUGUGACACCCAACAUCUCUGUACCCCAUCCAAGGGGGCGAUGGUGGCUGCUCACCAAGACUUCGCACACUCCGUGCCAGGUGUUCAGCAGCUGUUGGGCUUUCUGUGCUGUCAACAGAGGCUAUCUCCAUUUACUCUCACACUCUGCAGAGCCACAGUGCAGCAGGCUCACUAUGUAGCUCCAAGGCAUUCUGCACUCAACGAUUACCAAAGCCUUAAUAAUUUAUGUAUGAAUAUCUGGAUAAGCAUUCCUUAAUCAGUUACUACUAUGAAGUUCUGCUCUGUGUAUUAAGCCAGAACAACACAACCAAGUAAGCAAAAUCAUUUUCCUCUUAAGUCAGUAACAAGCCAGAGGUUCUAGAGGACUUCUAUAUCCAGUGUGUCAGAAGGCCAGAAGCUGUAUGCAGAGUAGCAUGGAGGGAGAAAGAUGUAAUGAAAUUUGGCAUCCAGUCCUCUACUAAAUCAUAGGUCAAUAAUUCAACACUUACCACAAGAUGUCAUUGUUAUAUGCAGUUUGUUCCUCUUCACAGGACAUUAAAUAAAAGAAACUUCUGGCUGAACAGAAAAGUCAUUUCCUUCCCAGUUCAAAAGCCAAAUAAGGUUGGAUGUGACAUUUUAACUUGGGCAGAGAGCUGGGUCAGAGGCUGUCAAAUAGCUUCAACCCAAAACAAUUUGGCCAUGGGAAUCUGUCCUUUCGAGCUGCCACAUGAAGGCAGCUAAGUCUGUCACCAGAAACUUGAAUUCAAGUAGAUGUUUGCACGAGCCCUGAUCAACAAGAUUUCACUGUGCCCAGAGUGGCUUGUCUCCUAAGUAAUGGCAUUUUUCUUCUUUGAGAUUUUGUCAGGCUGCGUCCCCACCGACGGUAUUUCAAACUGCUUUCCUCUGUGAUGUGAUAUUUCUGCUGAUGUGAGUCAAUUAAAGCAAAAAAGCUUUUUUAUAUAAGAAAAAAAAAUAAUAUUCAUGUUUUAAUAAUUUAAUAAUUCAUGCAUUAAGACACUGAAUGCACACACCUCCUUUGCUGCUGUGGCAAGAUACAUACAUGGAUAUUUCACAUCACCUUUUGUAGGAGUGAUGGUGUCAGAAGAAAGGAACAGGGAGUCAGAUGGAAGCCCUACCAGCUUUACAGCUGCAGAUUUGGGGAUAUGGCUUUCCCAGAGGUGCUUAUUUUCUGCACUAAGCCGUAGACUCAUGCUCUUCCAUUUCUGUCUGUAAACCUCUUUCCCACUAUAAUAAAUGUUUUACCAUGAA